AAAUUGAAUGCGUCCGUGCUUUGGUUGGAACAUUAACAGUAAGGUGUAAACUGCCGACACUUGGUUGGUUUGGUUUUCAAAGCUAAUAAGCAUAAACCCCCAAAUUUACUCACACCGAACCAACACCUGUAGCCUUCCAUCACUAUCUGUGACUCUUGAGUUUGUGACUGUCACUGCAAAACUUUAACAAACUCCCCACUCCCACUCCCAUUCGGCCAUUCCCACUAACACUCUCUUUACUUUUUUUCAUCUCUCUUCUCAGAUCCAAACAAUUAAAGAUGCUGCACGCCAAAUCCGAUUCCGACGUCACCAGCCUCGCCCCUUCCUCACCCAGAUCUCCAAAACGAGCCGUUUACUACGUCCAGAGUCCCUCACGUGACUCCCAUGAUGGCGACAAAUCAUCCACCAUGCAAAACACGCCCGCCUACAACACCCCCACCGACUCCCCCUCCCAUCCCUCCUAUGGACGCCACUCCAGGGAGUCAUCCGCCAGCCGAUUCUCCGGUACCUUUCGUUUCUCCAGAGGCAGGAAGAGAAACGAUAAGGGAUGGCCUGAGUGUAAAGUCAUCGAAGAAGAGGGAGAUUGUAAUGACUAUUAUUCUGCUGAUAAAGGCUACUCCAGGAGGUGUCAGAUUAUGAUUGGUGUUGUUGCUUUUGUCUUGGUGUUUUCUGUUUUUUGUUUAAUUAUUUGGGGUGCUAGUCGCCCUUAUAAAGCUCAGAUUACCGUCAAGAGUUUGAGCAUACAUAAUUUUUAUCUGGGAGUAGGAACGGACAUGACAGGAGUGCCGACGAAGAUGCUGACAUUGAAUUGUUCAAUGAAGAUGAAUGUGUAUAACCCAGCAACAUUUUUUGGUAUUCAUCUCAGCGCCACACCUGUCAAUCUUAUGUUCUCCGAGAUUACAGUUGCAACUGGUGAGUUGAAGAAAUACUAUCAACCAAGAAAGAGUCACAGGGUUGUGAACGUGAACCUAAAAGGAAACAAGAUUCCUUUAUAUGGAGCCGGGUCGAGUUUAUUAGUAUCGGAUAACAGUGGAGCAGUUCCGGUAGUUCUGGUUUUUGAAGUGAGGCAAAGAGGGAAUGUGGUUGGGAAGCUGGUGAGAUCGAGGCAUCGAAAACAUAUUUCAUGCUCCUUGCUUAUCGACUCUCGUAGCAACAAACCCAUCAAACUUAAGAAGGAUUCCUGUACAUAUACAUAGUUCUGUCUUCUGUAGUAUAUAUACCUAUUAAUAUCAUAUAUGAGUUAUGUCUAUCUUCACUCAUCCUCAUCUUCUCACUUGAAAGAAAAGUUCAUUUCCCUCUUUUAAAAUUAUUUGUUGUUUUGGUUUGGUUUGUUUUGGAUGGUAAAAUCAUUUCAACCAUAUUAUAGUUAUAGGUGUUUGCUAAAUAUUGUAUUUACCCUGUUUCGCCAUUCCUUGGUUUUCCAUGUAGGUUUUCUGAUUCUGCUGAUACAUUCCAUGAAUUAUGUAAAUUCUUGCUUUAUAAUAAUAUUUGUGUUUAUUCAGAUGA